AUGAAACUGAAGGAAACCAACACACUCAAAUUGAGGUUGUCAAGCUGCGAAGCCUCCAGGAGCGCGGAGGGCAAGGCAUCGACGCGCGACAAACAGGCCGAGGAGAGGACGCUGUCGCACCGCCAGGAUGAGAACAGACACUCCACGAGGAGCCAGGCGCCAUCGGAGCGUCAGCUGCGCUACAAGGAGAAGGUGACGGAGCUGAGGAGGAAGAGGAACUCUGGCCUCAAUAAGGAGCAGAAGGACAAGUACAUGGAGCACCGUCAGAGCCACGGGGCGAGCAGGGAGCCGCUGCUGGAGAACAUCACCAGCGACUACGACCUCGAGCUGUUCAGGAAAGCGCAGGCACGUGCCUCGGAGGACCUUGAGAAGCUCCGUCUGGCCGGCCAGGUGUCGGAGGGCAGCAACAUGAUAAAGACCAUCGUGUUUGGGCGCUACGAGCUGGACACGUGGUACCACUCUCCGUACCCGGAGGAGUACGCCCGCCUGGGGAGGCUCUACAUGUGCGAGUUCUGCCUCAAAUACAUGAAGAGUCAGACCAUUCUGCGCAGGCACAUGGCCAAGUGUGUGUGGAAACACCCUCCAGGUGACGAGAUCUACAGGAAGGGCAACAUCUCUGUGUUUGAGGUGGACGGAAAGAAGAACAAGAUUUACUGUCAGAACUUGUGUCUGCUGGCGAAGCUCUUCCUGGACCACAAAACUCUGUACUACGACGUGGAGCCUUUCCUCUUCUACGUCAUGACCGAAGCCGACAACACGGGCUGCCACCUGGUCGGAUACUUCUCCAAGGAGAAGAACUCGUUCCUGAACUACAACGUGUCCUGCAUCCUCACCAUGCCGCAGUACAUGAGGCAGGGCUACGGCAAGAUGCUCAUCGACUUCAGUUACCUGCUGUCUAAAGUGGAGGAGAAGGUGGGCUCACCUGAGCGGCCCCUGUCUGACCUCGGCCUCAUCAGCUACAGGAGUUACUGGAAGGAGGUGCUGCUGCGCUACCUGAACAACUUCCAGGGCAAAGAGAUCUCCAUCAAAGAGAUCAGUCAGGAGACGGCGGUGAACCCGGUGGACAUCGUCAGCACGCUGCAGUCCCUCCAGAUGCUCAAAUACUGGAAGGGAAAGCACCUGGUCUUAAAGAGACAGGACCUGAUCGACGACUGGAAGGCGAAGGAGACCAAACGUGGAAACGGCAAAACCAUCGACCCCAAAGCCUUAAAAUGGACGCCGCCCAAAGGGACGUAGAGGAGCUUCCUCUCGCACUCAGAAACACACACUGACAGAUCCUCCGUGCACACUGGCAUGCUCACAGACCCUGAGCCCACACACACACACACACACACACACACUCCUGUACAAAACGCUUUCAGCAGCCACAGCACAGUCAGCCACUCACAGCUCGCCGUCUCUCUGGGUUCAGCCGUCAGCGCCGCGGCUCGAAAAACCGCGUCAGUCCCACAAACACGCCACGAGCUCUCUGAUAUGACACCUGCGCAGGGUUUUUUUUUUUUUUUGGAUAUUACUCAAAUCUAGAAGAAAAUGAGGCUAACGUGCAGGAAUCUGGACCUAAAACAUGAAAUAACGAUCAGACGUCUAUUCAGCGUUUAACCCUUUGAAACCUUGAUCGAAAUGACUUCCUUGUGCUGCGUAAAAAAUUUGGAGCAAAUUGCUUUUUUUAAAAAACAAAGGCAAAAAAAAGGUAAUGAGCAACUUUGCAAGAA